AUGAACUCUAUGGAACAACAAAUCAACACAUCCAAUAUUAGUCCAAUGGAUAAUCUUGAUUUUAUUCUUACAUCCAAUGUCAGCCAGUCAUCAUUAUCAACUGAAGAAAUCGGUACUCGCGUUCGUUAUGAUUAUAAUACAUGGGAAUCAUUUUAUGAGAUCGAUGUUGCGGACUUAAAUAUGACAUUAUAUUCCGAUGAAUUAUUCAAAGAUUUACUUGAUGAAUUUAAAGCAAUCCAACAAUAUUCUUCUUCAAGUUCUGUUACGGAUGACUUAAGUGAAUUAUUAGCAGAUGAUACACACGUAUUAUCUCCAAUAGAAUCAAAUGACAUGGCUGAUCGAAUACAAAGUACUGAUGAACACUUAGCCAUGAUUAAACCAAGUAAUCCAGUAUUACCAGUAAUUCGUUCACAUACUGGAAAAAUACCAACAAAAAAUCUUCUUGGUACAUCAAUAGAAUUGUCCACGUCAGUGGCUGUUACAGUUCCAACACCAAAUCAAUUACAAAUUCUUCUUCCAUUAGAAGAUACAUAUAGAGCACGAUAUAAAAGUGAUUAUUUUCCACAAAAUGGCCUUUCUCGAAGGCCACGUUAUGUUGCUGAUAAAGCUGGACAUCACUAUAUUACAUUACAAAUGCCAACAGCAUAUAAACGUGAUUUUACAAAUGAAUAUAUUCGUGUUGCAUUAAUAACAACAUCAAUUGAUGAUCGUGGACAUUUUUAUAGUCCAUAUAAAUUUCAAACAAAUCAUCAUGAUGCUAAAGUACCCGAUCAAAAUCCAAUUUACAUACCUGUAUCAACACAACAAAAGAAUAAUUUUACUAUGAAACUUCAACUUGUUUUGAUUAAAUCAAAAUUAGAUCAAUUAAAUGAUGCUCAACCAUUAAAAUCAUUUUCGGAUACAAUUACUAAUAUACAAAAUAUUAUUCAUGACGAAAAAUUAACACCAAAAGAUUUAAUCAAUACAUAUCAACUUGAAAAAUCACAUAUAGCAUUCACAUUAUGUACAAAAUUAUCAAAUGGUUUAUAUGAUAGUCAUCCUGAAACAACAGUUAUUUCAUCAAUUAUAACUGAAUCAUCAGCAAAACAAUUAGCAAUAUCAAAUAAUAAAUCAGGAAUGGUUACAAAAACUAUCAGAAAAAAAAUUUGUUGCCCAAAAUGUUCACAUUAUUUUGAUUAUACUAAUGAUAAUGUUACAUUGGGAGUAAAAAAAAGACAAUUAAAUGCAAGUACAACACGUAUAAAUUCAAAAUCAACUACUAACAAGCAGACCAAUAGAAAGAGAAAAAUUGUUAAAUAA